AUGGCAUACCCUGGUCUUGAUCUAGUUACUGUCCCUAACGAGGACCCUGCCGGGGAUUAUCUGGCUGGCCUUACGGAGUGGGCACUUGCCAUGCUGAAAGAGAACAAGAACCAAGGCAACUCGUCGUUGGCUAUCCACUCUGCCGUAACUUCAAACCCCGAGAGUACUUUCAGCCAUGAGACGGAGCCGAGUUCAAUGGGAUAUGUGGAUAUGGGAGGGUUCACAAGCUUAAGAUGGCGCCAGCAUGAGAAGGUACAUGCUGCUCGUAAGAAGGCAGAGAAGCAAGGCUUGGUUCGUAGAGUCGAAAAUGUCUCUGUCUAA